UCGAAAACAAAAAGCAGACGAAUGAAUCGAGACGAGACUAACAGUACAGAGGCUUAUUUAUUCGUUUGCUACGAGUGAAGACGCGUCGGAGGAAUUGCAAAUUGUUGUUCAUUUACAUGCGCGAAACGUCCGAUAUCGGUUUUUGCCCAAAAUGGAUUAAACACUACUGAUUGAAUAUGGUUUCUUUGUUAAUUGUGGACGAGUUGUGAACGACUUUAAAUUGGCUUCGCUAAGUGUGGAAUACAUCUUAAUUACCUUUUUCCCCUUUGCCCUCUACCCAUCCCCCGUAUUUACCCCAGUACCGCAAUUAUCCCGGCGUCGUUGUGCUGUUCGCGGUUUUAUUGUGUUGUACCGGUGUGCAUGUGACGAGUGUAAUGACUACGGACCCUGUGUCAUCACUGAAAACGAAGAAGCAAAUUGACGGAAAACCAAAAAGGGUUGUUAUCUAAAAGUGAAAAGUGAAAGUUUGUGGAAAAAGGUAAACAAAAAUCAUUAUUUAAGGAAUCAGCAACGUCACCGCCAGUAAUUUAUUCCGUCUAUUUGUUACUGAUAUCAGUCUCUUUUUGUGCGUUCUUCAGCGGUACCAUCAACGGCAACAACCACAAGGCCAACUUCGAGUACUCCAAUAACUGCCUGAAGUGGCUAUUGAGGAACAACUGUUGUCUAAUUAAAUUACAGUUAGUGCUCGAUCUAAAGAACAAGCCAAAUAUUAUAUUUAGACAAGGCCCUGCAUUCAAUCAGGAGCGCUGUUUAGAACCGCAACAAAAAAUAAAUUGUCUCCUAUCACAGGCACUACUACGAGCCCGACGGUUAUUACUACCAGAGACACCGAAACACAACCGUAAUAAAAACUGACCUCGAAAGAGGUGCCGGUCACGUUUUUUACAUUUCGGUAUUCAUUACCCUCCGGUCUACCAUCUCACUAGUGAUUAAGUGACUGCUCAAUCAAACUCAACUAUUGUUACUAGUAUUACAGAAAAGAAAGCUAUCCAUAAUAAAGGCAGUCGGCUGAAGAAGGCAAUCCUGCUGUCCCCAUCCCAGAGGUUCACUUGUGCGCAAUGGCAUCGACGAUCAAUUGGAUCAGUUAUCGACUAAGGGGUCCGGCCCGAUCCCAGAAUCAAGCGUUGGUCACGCUAACAUUUUCCACUGUGCGUCGUAGAUAUGUGAACCUGUAAUGACUGGGAACUACUACGUACUUCCAACUGCUUAGAAACCACUUGCUACUAGAGGAAUAAAGUGAAACAGAAAGGAUAAGCAAUACAAACAUCGAAAAACAGGCGGUGUCUGUCUAAGGCACACGUGGAGACAUCCGAAGUGACUUGAGAAAUCGUCUGAUUACUGAUUUUGUCCAGCUCAGAUAAACACCAGUCAUCAGUGUGCAUCUAAGGAAGGAUUAAAGGGAAAGCUUAGGAAAGUUACAUGUCGAAAAGUAGGCUACGCCCUGCCCGUCAACAGUUUACCAAUAUUACACCCCCUCGAUGACAAGGAACCUCGGUUAUGGUGCUCUGCAGAACGAGCGUGGUACAAUUCUAACUAAGCAAAAGGUCAACGUCAGGCCGUCAUCAGCUUGGUCAGCUCUGGACUGCAAAGUACAAGACUGUUGCUUGACGCCACUCGUAAGGUACACCAUAGCUAUUGCCACCGAUCGAAGGUUCCAGUUAACAUUAUUAUUUUAUCAAACCGAUCAAGCAUUCAUGUAUCAUCUCGAGUGAGUAAAAGCGACCACAAAUUCGUCUACAAAUAGGACAAAUAGGUAACGAGUGAGAGGUCCGUAACACGACAGCGAGGGGAGAGACGUCACAAAGAGGUUAUCGAGGGGAUUACCGCAUCCAUAUCGAAUCUAAUCAUCGUGGACUCUUAUCAUCAGCCUAUCGUAUGCCGUUCCCCUCCCAAGCGCAGUCUAGCUACGCUGCUUCGCUGUAGACGGUAAAUUUAACAAAAAGUAAACAUACGUAGAAGCACAUAUAUGCGAUAACACGAAAUCAUUAAACCAUCCUAGAGACUGAAAAAGAAAAGCAUGAAGCAACCUAUACCCAAAACGAGCAUAACGAACUAGAGAUUUCCAGCGCGCUUAAAUAGGCAAAUUGUUAGAGAGCGGCUUUUGGGGGCGAUACAAACGAGAAGAAAGAAAGAAAGUGAAAGUGGUGUCUGGCUUGUGCUGCUACGAAGUAGCUUUACCUAUAAAUAACUACAUCUACUACGUACCGAUAACCAUCAGCUAGUAUAACAAGCUAUAACAACGAGAGGACAUGUCUGUAUACGUGAUUGAUUGACAAUAAUCGAUCAGCCAUGUCAUCAUAGGCAGGCAUCGUCAAGCAAGAGCUAGGUCAGAUAAUUGUAUUGCACGACUCGUUGUUGUCGUCGCGUAGGUAGCCCGCGUAGAUCCUAUGUGAUCCCCUCGAUCGUCGACGAGAAUAUCCGUCCGGAGGUUUGCACGAAGCCAGCGAAGUGUGGCAGCAGUAAGCGACAUGCCUCCGAGCCAAUUCGGAAGAGGAGGUUCAAGUUCCACUUCCGACGAAGUCCAUUUCUGCUGCUGCUGCUGCUGCUGCUGCUGCUGUGACCAUUGUCAAGUCAGUUGCCAUCAAUUUCUGCUGCGAUAUCUACAACAACUCGAACGAUUCGUUGAACAGCGCGACUUAUUAUUAGCGAUCAUACCAAUAUUUCUAUCAGCAAUCAAGCGAAGACGAAGCUUUGGAAAAGAUGACGUCGACCCCUUGAAUGUUCCAUCGUUCAACUUCUUGGCUGCCUUCUGCCCCUGUGCCGAUUCAGCUAUCCAAUUCAAGCCUCACUGAACAUUCGCCGUCUCAAGUUUUACCAGUCGCCAAACACUAUUACAGCUGCCAACACUGAUAUAGAGAUAUAUCUGUGGGGUUGCGACACACUUAGCCGGUCACUAGCAAACCAGUAUACAGCCGUCCGGCAAGCAGAGUACAAGCGUCGUAAAGGCCAUUAGAGGAGUACUACGACGAUAACACAGCAGAUGUGAAAAGUCUACAACCUAGGACGGUUACAGCUCACACAACAACAAACAACUGGAACAACUGGACCACUGAGAAAAGUAAAAAAAAAAAAAGUGCUUGAAAGCUUCCUGUGACGGUGCAAUCCCGCCAGAUCCAGUCUUUAUCAGCCCACCUUCCCAGUUUUGCUAGGACAACUACUACCUGCUGUUACUGCUAUUGCUGACGUUUACCUCGACGCCGUCACGACUGCUAAGGCUGUGCACGCUGACACCCCUUUUUUUGGCGACUGACAAACUUUCUGUAGAUGCAGCGCUGCCCAUAUAUUCAUCCGGUAACGGUUUCAGCGAACUGUACACAAACAUACAUAUGAAUGUAUAAUUCUAUACAUAUACGGGUACGGAUACAUCGCAAAUAUACCGAAAGUACAUUUCUCGUGCCUCGUCAGUGAGAAAGGCCAAGAACAAGAAGAAACCUAGGAGUGAAAGCGAAGGAAACAGCAAUAAUAGCAAUUAUUCUAAUUCUACCUAACAACAACAACAACAACAGCAACAAAAGCAACAAAAACAACUCUAACUAUUGCUAAUAAGAUUACGAUUACUACAAGUAACUAUUAGUAUAUAUACAGUACAAUAUACCAUAAUAUACUAGUAGAAGCAGAUUUAUCGUGCAUCACCACGAGUAACGACAACAACGUUGAGAGAAAAAAAGACAAGGAUACAAAGCCACGAAUUAAAACCUAGAGUUCUCGUCAUUGCUGGUCAGAUAGACAAACAGACACCUAGACAAAGGCUAAUAUUACUGUUGCUGAUAGCACAAAUCUAACUACAACAACAACAAACCGAGGGACCAGCUAGAUAAAAUGGCAUCGGUAGCAGCUUGGCUACCGUUCGCCCGGGCAGCGGCCAUCGGUUGGGUACCCAUCGCCAACAACCCUUUACCAGCGCCCCCAGUAACCCGGGAGCGACGGAAAAAAGAAGACGAAAAAUUCAUCAUUAAUGUGUCUGGCCGGCGUUUUGAGACGUGGCGAAACACCGUCGAAAAGUUUCCCGACACACUACUCGGCUCAAACGAGCGCGAGUUUUUCUACGACGAGGAAACCAAAGAGUACUUCUUCGAUCGGGAUCCAGAUAUCUUCCGGCAUAUCCUGAACUACUAUCGGACGGGCAAGCUGCACUACCCGAAACACGAAUGUUUAAUGUCGUAUGAUGAAGAGUUAGCAUUCUUCGGCAUAGUCCCCGACGUGAUCGGGGACUGCUGCUACGAGGAUUAUAGGGACAGAAAGAGGGAGAAUGCUGAACGCCUGCUCGACGACAAAAUAUCAGAGGGCAACGAGCAGACUCAGCUGGCCAAUUCGACGUUGCGCCAGCGUAUGUGGAGAGCGUUCGAAAACCCGCAUACCAGUACCGCAGCUCUCGUCUUCUACUAUGUGACCGGCUUCUUUAUCGCCGUGUCAGUUGGAGCUAACGUAGUGGAGACAGUGCCCUGUGGUAUUGAUGCUGGGACGGGCGAGAAGAAAUCGUGCGGUGAUAGUUACAAGGUUGCCUUUUUCUGUCUGGACACCGCGUGCGUGAUGAUUUUCACGGCAGAAUAUCUUCUACGGUUGUACGCCGCACCGGCGCGAUGCAAAUUCGUCCGUUCAGUGAUGAGCGUCAUCGACGUCGUAGCAAUCAUGCCCUACUAUAUCGGGCUCGGCAUUAAGGACAACGGUGAUGUGUCAGGAGCGUUCGUCACGCUUCGAGUAUUUCGAGUCUUCCGCAUCUUCAAAUUUUCACGACACUCGCAAGGACUGCGCAUUUUGGGCUACACGCUCAAAUCAUGCGCGUCCGAAUUGGGCUUCCUGGUGUUCUCGCUGGCCAUGGCCAUCAUCAUCUUCGCCACUGUCAUGUUCUACGCCGAGAAAAACGUCGAGGAGACCGAGUUCACCUCGAUUCCGGCCGCGUUCUGGUACACCAUCGUCACCAUGACCACACUCGGGUACGGAGAUAUGGUCCCGGAUACAAUAACGGGCAAGAUCGUGGGCGGUGUGUGUUCAUUGAGCGGUGUGCUUGUGAUUGCCCUGCCCGUUCCAGUCAUUGUGUCGAACUUCUCAAGGAUCUACCAUCAGAGCCAGCGAGCCGAUAAACGAAAGGCUCAAAAGAAGGCGCGAAUGGCGCGUAUCCGAAUAGCGAAGGCUACAAGCGGAGCAGCGUUCGUAUCAAAAAAGAAAGCGGUUGAAGCAAAACUGGCCGAACAGGAGUCCGGCCAGGACAUCGAUGAUGGACCUGAAGACAUCUUCGAGCUGCAACAUCAUCACCUAUUACGAUGUCUCGAAAAGACCACGGAUCGGGAAUUUGUGGAGCUGGAAGUGCCAUACAAUGGCGGGAACCCGAACCGACCCAGUUCGACUCCGCCGCUAUCGCCAGCUGCCUCUGAGGCGUCUCACGAGCGACACGGCCUGCUCAACUCCUGCUGCGGCUCGCGGGGCCGCUGCAACCGAAAGAAAUACCAGCGUUCGGGUAGCGGUGACUCGGAGGCCGGUCGUACUGAUGAGGAACUGAGCGACGUACAGGUUCGUCUAACGAACCGCGGCAACGCUACGUCGUCAGACCAUCUAUUGCUGAGGGGAGAGCCCAACGCGACACCCGGAGCGCCUGGUGGCAACGCGGGCGGAGGUGGUGGCAGUACCGGGGGCGGCCCCGGCGGUGGGAGAGCAGCCAGUCAGCGAUCGAGUCUCAACCAGCCCCUGCCAGCUCCAACAGUCGUCGCCACGAUGAGCUCGAGCCCAUCCGGGGUCACCACAGCCGUGGUGAACAUCAGCCCAGGCGGGGAGGCCGAACAGGCACAUACGACAGAUGACCAGGUGUCUGUGCGAAUUUCCAGUCUGUGAACUCUACUAUAACAACAAUUACCGUACCACUAUAAAGCGACCAAGUAACUGCUUGUUAUUAGAGUAUAGAACUCUACGUAUGUUGAACUCGUCGCUGUCGCACGUGCUCAACUUAGAACCAGCCAAUUUACCUAAAUGUCUUUGCGGUGCAACAAUUGAUUUGAAAUACGAACAGCAGAUACCAUCACACACGUACCGAACUCCUGCAGUCGUCGUCAACGAUGAAAAUAACGCUUUCAUAGGGGAACACAACGGUCUUUAGCCAAACAACGAAUACGAACCAGCGAUCACAAGAAUUCCCACUGACUUUCUGUUUAGGUGAAGCUAGUGUGUGGAUAGGCCCUUGAUCCAUCUUGGUUGCUCGAUCAAAAGUGGCCUUUACAGCCAUUCACGCUGGUGCUCACCAGCGCAUCCUCCGUGCUUCAGAUAUCUUCGAAUGGUAUCCAUCUGCUGACAGCCAUGUUAGCUGCAUGGAAAAAUCAUUUCAGCGUUAUUCUAUUCAAUUUGCUCAUUUACCUACAGUGUGUCCCACGCCAAUUUCUUAUGGUAUCAAGACGCCGCAAGCAGUGAACAUGUAUUUUCCAAAAACAGCCAAUUUUCCGGUUGUCGUCGAAGCGCUCGUGAAUGGUCUAAUGUUUAUAGAUACGAACCAACCACCGCCGGAGUUGAGUUGGAACAUCGGAACAUGACUAAUGACAGCCAGAUAUAACCUGUUAUUAGAAAGCCCAUUAAAGGCAGACAACGAUAUUUAGCUUACGAAAGAAAAGAGAAUAAGUGAACAAAACGACAGCCAAACAGAUGACUUAAGCCAGCCGUAGUACGGCUAAGGUCGACGACACUGGUCGAAGUGAUGAAGACGCCAGCGAACACCAGAAGCAUUUAACAAACAAACAAACAAACUAAUCUUAAUUCUUGUGCGGACAAAACGGAAGAACCGUCUGUUGACAUUAGAACCUCAAAUCGGUGGUCGCGUUACACACUCAUGAGACACCCUCAAAAAGAUGACCGAGCCCAUCAACAUGGGUCAACGACACACAAAUCAAUACGAGAUGACGACAACAAACAAUGGCCGAUUAACCUAAGGAACAGCAUCUCGUAUCAGAUACAGACAUUCGUAGGCAGCGUUAGCAGAUCUGUUGCUAACAUAAUAACAACCGCGAGGUGCAGAGUAACUUCAGAUGAAAUUUCUGUGCGAGAUCCUCUCCGGAAGAACGAACAGCAGAACAAAGGCUGUUGUUGUAAAAUAUAGCUGAAUAAUGAAUAGAUAUGUUUCGCGCUCUAAUAGACUAAAGAUAUUAUCUACACAACUGUUAUAUGUAGAAUAUAUAAUUUCAAAUGCGUACAUAUAUAGCCUGUACUUAGUAUUUCUGGCUGAUCAAGCUUAGAGAGAGAUCACGCUACGACGACGAAGGGAAUAAACAAUGAAUGUGUUCAGGAGAACGACAAUUAUCAUAAUUGAUAUACAUAGUGCAAACAAACAAUGAAACGUAACCCAUACGCAACAAAGAAUGAUAUUUAUUAAAUGCAUAGAAAUUAACAGAAGAAUAUAAUGUCUAGUUAGAAACAUGGUUUACAUCUACGAAUAUAUUUCUAUAGAAGAGGACGGCGGUAGUGCCGACAACAAGUUGUUGCUAUGGCCGCGAAUUGAGCCAUCCUCGUCGUAUUGGAUUUUAAGUCUAAGCGUGAAAAGUUCAUGAUUGUGAUGUCUUCAUAUCGUAUUGGACGGUAACAUACGCACGAACUGUGCAGAGCUGAUGAGCUAGUCUAUGACAAUGUUGCCUGUCAUUCGUUACUUCGUUGAUUGACUUACGCUUGAUCGAUCGCCUCGUAGACUGAACAUGACUUCGUUUUUACUAGCUAGAUAAGGGAAAGCGUUGGCACAUUUGUAAGAUCGAUUCACAUGACAAUAAUGAUAAUCAUAUUAGUAAUCGUACUCAAUGACACCUCAUCCGGUAUGAAGACCGGACCUUCCGCAACGUUCUACAGACAUGAUCUACCACAAUAAUGGCUAAUCACUCCAGGUGAUCUUUGUAAGUGACUUGGCGCGGAAAAGCGAAUACAUCUAUACGUAAUAAUAUAAAAUAAAUUUUUUAAGCAUGUGAUGGAUAAGCGGCAAUGCGCGUCGAAGUUACGAUGCCCCGCUAGUCUGUAUUCGCCUACAAGUUUGGCUGAAAAAAUGAAAACAUUCCCGAUCUAAGGAAGGAACACACGAGUGUCCGAUCAGACAGGAUCGGUUGGCUGGUGCAUCGAAUCUCUAUGAUAAUCGGAUGGAGGCGUACGUUGGUCGAGCAUGACGGGGCUGACCUUCAUACAAUUCCAUAGUCUCACAAGCUCUCACUUGCUAUACAUUUUAUUCGAAAUUCGACUUGUUCUUAUUGAGGCCGAGCGUCGACCGUUCCAAGUCACUACAAGACCUAACCAUGACUGACCAAUUGCCGAUAACCUACUAUCACCGCCGUUUCCCUACCAAAAUGUAGUGUGUACAGCUUAGACAAAUUUUACAUUUACGAUCACAUCCAGUAGUAUACAGGAUGCACACAAACGGACAAAUACGUGGGCAAAUAACAAGCGAAUUUCUUCUUUUCUCCUUCAGCUCGAUAGUGAGUCGGAAACUAGCAGAACAGCUAAGCACUAUGGAAGAUUUGUUGUUGUUAUUGUUGUUACUGCUGCAGUAACAAUAAUAAAUCCAUUAUAUAUAUAGGGUGGUAAUCUAAAAUGAUAGAGAACAAGAGCGAGCUGCCGCUAUUGCUGUAACUGUAGACAAACAACUAUCUUAGCGUGUCUAAUCAGUGUAUGUAUUCCAGCUAAUUUGUAUGUGUCAUUUGCUACCGAUAAAUCAAUCUUUAAUUUGUAACCAUAGGGUCGUGGAGUAAUGCUGGCUGGCCCUUGGUACACUUUUCUAGCAAGUACACUUAUCGAUGUACAGAUGAAGAAUGCAUAAUAAUCUUACGCUUACACGGAAGCAAGUAAAAAUGAAUACUAAUGAAAUGACAAACAAUGGUAGACUAGGAUGAUGUCAAGGGUUGUCGGUACCUCAAUGCCUGAUCUGCAAUGAAUCUGAGCCCAGUCACGAGAUUCUUUUCCUAUUUUUUUUCCUGCAUGAAGCGUAGCCGCAAUGGCAUUUGUUUAUAAAAACAAUCACUGUUUUAUCAUAUGGCUCGCCGUCAACUACUACCUGUCGCGUUUAUCGGCGAUACGUAUUCAGCGUCACAGUAGACGGAAAGCUCCAUGUAAAGGGACAACGUAGACCGAAAACAUGGACGUGUCGUGUUCAGAUUACUACAAAUGAAAGGCUCGGAACAAAUGCGAAAUUUUGUUGUUCUUGCAGGUUGUUCGAGAAUUUUGAUAAUAGAUGUUUGCCGCCCAUCCCCGUAAAAUCACACUUGACAUUUAUGGUCCGCUAAAUUUCGUAUUGUUUUUCUAAAAUCGGAGAUGUCGCACCGUAACCCAUGCAUUUAAAGAAUACCCUUACCGCUGCCGUCGCCCUUAUCGGUGCGAAGAAGUAUCCAAACAUACGGGUGGCUACGGACUCGAAUCAUCAACGGGACCCUAUAGGUGGUACUCUCUAAUACUGUGCGGACAACGGUUUUCGAUACGUGUCAUAGUAAUACCAAAAGGUAUACUUAUGCUCGGCGAAACGUACUUGAUUGAGAUCAAUAUUUUUAAUAGCAUAUAGUAAAUCAGUAUAUUGUCAAUAACUAUCGUUAUCUGCAUAGCAACUUACUUGUGGACAUACUGAGUGAGGUAGAUGUAUAGAUAUUCUUUCAAGUUCGAUUCCCCUAGUAUCUCACAUGGUUGGUUGCCUUCAAUACUUUAUACAAUGCAUUAAAUAUACGAUACUUAGAAUAUUUUGUUUAUUUUGGAAAAAAUUGCCAAUAUAUGAUAUAAAAAAGCAAUAUAGACGCAAAAUUACCAUUAUCGCUUGGUGGCAGUAUGUAUAUAUUGGCUUCCUGUAUACCUCAAAGGAAUUACUAAGCGAAAGACCUGAGAAGGGUGAACAACAGCUAGAGCAUAGACUAAGCCAUUAAUAUUCUUGUUAUUAUUAUUAUUAUAUAAAUAUGUUGCUAUAACAUUGCUACAAUAGAGGAAAUUACAAAGGCGGUACAACGUUAGUCAACAAGAGUCGAGGCAUUACCAGGAAUAACUCCAGCAAACGCUAACAUCCUUGAUAUCUCCAGCCCCAUUCAUUACUCUUUCAAAAUAGGAAUACAUAAAAGCGAUAAACGGGAGAGCGAAAGAUAAACUUAUCGACAAGAGAAAGGAUGCGCAAGAUAAAUAAAACAUAAAUCAUAUCAUUAAAUAUACGUACAGAUAGUAAUCUCUUCAUGCGAUACUUUCUUAUUACUAUCUUGUAUGUAGGCAUGAGAUAUCAGUACAUCUAACGGGUGUUUACCCCAUUUUGCUACAAGCUUUUUGCGCCGAUCUAACAAAAAUGCUUAGGGCAAUCUGUAAAUUUGGCUGAGACAGUUUCAAGCAAAAAAAAAAAAAAGAAAAGCUCUGACACGUUCUAGAGGAAACACAAAAGGUCAAGCUCACAUGAAUAUAUCGUUUCAACUUCCUUAUACAUACAAGACAGACAAUAUAUAGAAUGUGACAGGAGCAAGCGUGUGCCGCGUUUCAAAAUGGCGAGGAAUGGGGAGGGGGAGGUAGCGUCUAUUUAUAAAUUGAUAGUAACAAAAACAACUGCACAAAUGUCGAUAAAUGGAUAGGUGAUAGCAAUAUGAAAUCAAAAAAUAUUAAUAUACCUAACAGUAACAGUCUAAGUAUAAGACAGACCCUAUGGAUUCAAACUGCAGUCAGCAGGUGUCUAGCCACAAAGGCAAAUGAAAAACGAUUUAGUUGACAACAUUUACCUGCAAUGCUGAUUCAAAAGAUAUAAUCAUGCCGAAAUUAUAUGGUCUAACGUAAUUCUAAUCAAUUAAUGAUACCAACUAUACGAAAUAAAAGGCAAAAGAAGAAACAGCAAAAGGAUGUCUCUUGGCGGGAGCCGUUCAUUCCCCGUGCGAGGCUCGUGGUGAUACGUUAUCUCAAGAGUAACGCAGGCGAAGAAUCGGUAGGAGACGAUAUUGAUAACGGUAGGUGGAAAAAGCAAAAAGGAAAGAAACAAUAUCACAUACAUAGACAUGUACAGGAUUAUAUCAUAGCAAUUGACCUACCGCAUUUAUUAAACACACACACACACACAAUAGUGGUUGUUAAUAGCUCGCCCGCUGCUCGUACCAGUACAGUUGAAUAGUACGCGAGCACGCAUGUAACUUUGGCAACUAUAGUCCUUGAGGCGCGUCCCGCAUGUGGGAGUUAUGAUAUGUGUGGGAAUGAUUAUCACUCGGAUCGUAUGCUACCUCGACUUAAUAGGAUCGCCCGCCGCGACGUCAGUUCUAGUCUAUUUAUACCUAUAUUAGAAUUUUACGUUUUAUCUCUGCUUUGAUUGGACGUCGUACGUCAUCCUUAUUCAGUCAUACGUAUUUCACACUGUCACCAUAAUUGCAUCCGAUUGCAACGCUAUGGAACCUCACAAAAAUAUAUAUAGAUAUAAUAAUAGUAAUCAUAUUUCGUCUAUGUAACAGAUAUAAAUGCGUGUAAUGAUACUACGGAAAAACUCGUUUCGCAUUGCGUUCUAUACAGCUGAAGACACUCAUAGGAAACGCUCUGAGAAAAAUGCCUUCGUUUGAUCAGAAAUUGACGCUGCGAUUGACGUUUACGUCUCUCACGUCAAUUCCGUAAAAUGCCCAACGAUAAAUCGUUCGCUCCAGUCAACAUAGUGAAGGUUAAGCGGGGCUUAUGAAACGAUUGGUUCAGCUCAUAUUGUCUCAUCGGUUACGCGGUUGUUGAUGUUGUUUGUUCCCAAUUAAAAGAAAAAAAAAAGAGCGCGAAACACGAAAUUCAGAGCACAAAUAAGCACCAUUCGUUCUGCAGCGAGAAGUCAGCUCAGACGAAGAUAUCAGUCAGCAUUGAAGUCGGCUGAAGAGCUACUCUGAGGGUUAUGUUAGAGGCUUGGCGUUUUGUGGUGAGAUGAAUAAUAAGAAAAUAUCAUGCUGAACUUAUCAUAAUGAUAUGAGAAUGAUAGAAAAAAAUCUACCGAUAAAUGGAUGUAUAAUUUCAAAGGCGACAUUAGACCUGGCUGACACCCUGAGAAUACAUGCUAAUGGCGAGCUACUUCAGCGUUGAUUGUACUUAGUGGCCGUUAGCGCUGAUACGAAACAAGGGCAGCCUAUUUGACAUGUUGCAUCCGUUCGAGUUCUCUGCCAUUUUCCAGAUUUUUACCACUUGGCACAAGUAGAAGUGAUCAGAUGAACUGAAACCGGAUGACAAAAAUGACUAACAAAAAAAAAGCAGAUAAAGAUACAUUUUCAUCUGACAACAGUAGAAAUACGGCUCAGUCAUUCUCCAGAGCGUGCACUGCGCCAGUGUUCACAGUGGGCCCCCGUCGGCAAUGCUCAGUUUUCAUUGUCGUUCAACAACACGGAUCGUUAAACUUUUGCUAUUUUAUCAUUUAGUUCCUGACGAUUGUCGGUAAUUUUCGUCUUGCCACGAAACGUUGCAUUACUGAAUCAUCGAAAAUAUAUACGUCACAAAGCAAGAAACCCGAACGAGUUCAGUAUAAAGGAGCGCGCGCAAAAUAACCCACAUAUAUAUACUUGUAGUCAAUUGUAUACGGUUUGGCUGGAGGACACGGAUACUCGUAGAGGAUGGACAAAAUUUUGACAUUUAGAAAUGGUAAUGAUACAGCGGCAAGCGGAAUGUCCGUAGGGCAACGACGGGGUGCCCCGGGCCUUCGGCCCAAUUCCAAACGGUACAAAGCAAACCUUUAGUUAAAAUCACUUAGUACACACACACACACACACACACCCACACCUACAAACACGCUCACAGAAACAACCUUCCCUCAACAUAUUACGUCUAAUAAUACAAAUCAAAUAAGUGGCUGUGUAUGAUGUACUAAACCUAUAAAUGCGAGUAAGACUAUUGAUGGUAACGUAGCAAGUGAAGCGUAUCAUAUUUAAGCGAUUCGCAAAUUCCAAUAAGUAAUACUAGGCAUUCUUUGGUAGCUAAAUCCUACAGUACUCAAGAAAAUAGGAUAAUGGUAUAGUGAGGGGCAAACAAAUAAGACUUCUGAUGCAUAUGUAUUCUGAUGAUGAGAUACGUGACGACAUAAUGUGACAAUAAUAAAUACCAUUAUUACAGUAAUAGUAACAAUCAGCGUCAAGGGCUAUUUGCCGUUAUACAAUGACAGCAAUGUUACAAAUACAGUCCAGUUCGGUCUAAAACAGACUUGCCCGGGGGCGUUCGCUGUUCCAUUAUAUUGUAAUGUAGGAUCUCGUACGAUAGUCAAUCGGUGGCUCAAGGCCAUUUCAACAUAGUCUCGUUGAAAGACGACAGAAAAAUUGAAGGAACACUCCUGGGCACGCCGAUGGCAGCUUCUCUCCAAACAUCCCGGUUCGUCUCAGCAGCAGGAGCACAGGACGGCAUGGGUCGAUAACGUAAACGAGCUUCAACGUACACAUCAACUUGAUUGCCUAUAAUACGUAUUUCUUCGACUUCGUAGAGCCGAUGUUCUAGUUCAGGCCGGUGCGGGCACUGCAACAUCCAUGGGUCGGAUUCGUCCGGAAUUCAUUGGCUGAUCUAUUUCUAAGAUGUUUCUCAAUAUUUAGAUAAGUCUGAUUAUAAAGAAGUAAAUGAAUCGUAUUGCGCUGCGGUAUGCCCUACUCCAGAAAAUGAACUGAAACAAUCGCCAUUUUGUUCUCAAUAUAGAUAGUUUGAAAUCAACGUCCUAAUCUCAUAUGCCAUGUUUCAACAUGUUUGUUCAUUCAUUCUUCCGUUUUCUUGUCACAGUUGCUUCGGCUAGCAACGAUAAAGUGAACAAGGGCACAACGACACAGACAAGGGUAAUCAAUCGGGCCCUGCGCUUUUGCUGAAAACCAAACUAUAUAUGACCGGACUGGAAGCGGCUGGCUAAUUAGAGGGAUUAAUGGACUACAUGAAAUGUACAUAACGUUAGUCCAUAAGUGUACAUCCGUUGCUUACUAUACCGUUCAUUCAACUCCACCAACUUCAGCUCAUCGAUCCUGUUACCUGCCGGAUACGCGCGUCUCUAUUUCAAAAGCGAUGAAGCUGUACGCUAGUCUCUCGCUUCUUCCACAUAGGGGAAACAGAUAAAUGGCGUAAAAAAAGUUCACAAGAUGAUCGUGAAGUGAGCCUGGUGCAGGCCUUCGACAACUCUUUACAACUGUAUCUGAUACUCAAGUUUGAUAGAGGGCAUUAAUUGAUUGGUCAUAAUGCCUGCUCGCUAUUCUAUUUAUCUGAACAAAGCUCAGCAGCACGUUGACUGUCUAUCAUAUUAUAUAUAGACGAUUUUCAUAUAAACAACAAAUGGCAGAUGAAUGAAUUGUAAUUCCCUGCUAAUGUCUAUAAUUUAGAUAAUAAUGAUAUAUUUACGUAACUAUCCUUUUUCAGAACAAUCUCUAUUAUUGCACAGAGAUAAAAAUCUGCCACAUAUGGCUAAUCUAACUUUCGUGGAUACGUUUAGCGCUCCUUCUGAAAAGGAAUGCUGGUUAAGACAAUGCUUAUAGACCAAGAUCACAAAAAUGAAUAAGAUACGCAUACAACCGUUGGGCAUAUUCGCAAAUGGCGCCAUGUAUUCCAAUAAACGAAAGUUCCAGUGCCGCUACUUAAAUGAAACUAUCUCGUUUUCAUGUUGGUUUUUUUCGGUCAAAGCGUCAUCAUCAAUCAACUGUUAAUUUUUACAUGACGACGUUUAGGGACAUGUGAAUGUAAAAACAUGGAACCUGAAAUGAAUGGCCUACACAAAGGCUAUCUAUCUACCUGGACAGGUUCAGCACAGGACAGCAAAUAACUAUAAUGUAAAAUAUAUAAUAUUUAUGAAUUGCCAUACUGCUAGUUCCCCAGUCCUAGAGCUAACAUUAUUAAGUACAACAACAACGGCUAAACCAGAUUACAAACUGUUCGUGCUAAAAAUGAAUGAUAAAUUCAAAAAGAAAUCUUACCACAACGAUUUGCUUGAAAUAAUUCGGAUAGAAAAAAUAAAACAGCAACUAGGUACGUUUUAAGUUAUCCCUGCUGUUAUACGAAAACAAAUCAGCAUUAAUUUUGACGCCACUGGGCGAUUUACAAGUGGAGUUAACUUAAAUGCAACUUACAGAGCUUCUAAUGAUAAUGUUAAGAUUCGUUCAGAUCCUAUUGGCAGAGCUUUUCGUAGGUAAGAUGGCAGCACUUGAUUAAUUGUUGUUGCAUUGCCAGAUACCGUGUCGCUCUACGAAUAUAAUGUCAACGUUAAAUAGACGAGAACCAUAGACACCUAACGGUGAAAGAUAUCAAGACAGAGUAAAACAGGAGAAAUAUAGAGGUCACAGAAAACUAUCUAUAUACAGACCUAUGCAAUGAAGAUAAACCUUUGAAGUUCCCGACAAGAAAAAGGGUAAGUUAAGUUAAUCUACUAGAAACCAAGAUCACCCUGUAAAACGUGUAUACCUGCAUCUAGUUUUACUAAAUAAACGCAUCCCACUUCGCAAAAAUGUCAAUAAUCCAAAACAUAGUUCGUGAACCUAUCGUAUACUACAUCAUCUGGAAACAACAGACAAAGCUCCACAGCGGCACGAAAGUACGCAAAAUUUCUGGACAAAAAGCACCACUCAUUCUUGUCAGAGGUCAUUGGAAGGCCCCGUUCUCUAUAAUGGUGAUUUCCCUAGUUUGAUAGCCUCUAUCCCUGAUGUGAUUCUUUCGUAGAAGGUGCAGACUUUUCUGUGUCAAUUAUACACAAAUGUUACUUAGAGAUACACAGACACACGCAGCACUUGAGAAAAGUUGACUUUGCGCCCUCUUGAUAGCUUUAUGACGUAACAUAAAAAGCCUGCCAGCUCACGUAUACGUUACGCGGAUGAGCCAGUGACCUUCAAGUGUAUGUGGGUUACGUGCUGUUAGUCCCCCAGUGUUGACCAAUGAAGCGCAAGGUUGUGAAGGGUGCAUCUUUCAAACAGCUGACCUAGACGCGGGCUUACCCCAGUUUAUCCAGGGCAUCGCUCCGAAUUCAAUUAUUCAAUGAAAGAAGUACGACAGCCUUUACGUCACUCAGUUGCAUGCGUACUGGGGAACUUGGCGCAACAACUCCGCAAGCUUCUCAUUCAAGAUUUUUGAUCUAUUGCUAACGCACCUUCCGUGUGCCAACCAGAUCUGCUCCAUACAAUAAAAAGAGCAGCAUGCAACAAUCAUGGUUGCAGGCUUCAUCAAUAUUUAUGGGAUAACUUUGUCUUCCUACCAUAUUCUCCCUGAGUUCUAAACAAAUGAGAAAUUCACUGGUACCUUCAAAUGAUCAUAUCGCUGCUAUCUGUCUUCUGGAGAAAACACUGCAUCACGGGUACCACCUAAGCAUAUCAAAGGGACGGUGCUAUAUUUAAGCAACUGCAAUUUGUUAUAAGACAUCUAGACUCUCGAAGAUUUUCAAGCAUUUAAGCCUAAUAACCCGCUCGUCCAACUGCCACAGGUAAUUAUAUACUCACUGGAAUUAAAAGAGCUUUCCACCAAAAACUUCGACUAAGACAUGUAUGUAAGUCUCUCUGAAAAAACAUCCGUGCUCGAAAUUGCUUAAUGUUUUACCUUAUUUUGGCCAUAGGUUAUUCUGUUACUGACAAAUUUCAUUUAUUAGGUGUUACUCCUUUGAGCAUUACGAAUUUGCUGAUAAACCAACUUCAUAGAGGCAAUUGGCGCACUGGCUAACACGCUAACCCUUGAUUGAUAGCCCUUUCUGAGAAUGCUUUUUUGUUGUAUAUAAUCUUUCUUUGGCUGCUGAACGUGCCACGACACUCUAAAAUGUAGAUCGUCAUUCUUUUAGCUUCUUAUUGCUCUAUUAGAACAUCGUACCUGUGUUUUUAGGCGGUACCUGUCUGAUAACGGUUCGGUGUCGCUCGUUCAAGAUCGAAUGCUUCACCUUCGUCCAGUUUCAUUCCUUGUCAAAUUUUAACACUGAUAUUUGAAAAUCAUCUGAGCGCUCUGCGGUGUUUCAAAAGAACUCACUCGAAUUUUACGUUCACGAUCUUUCCAACACCGAUCGAUUCGAGUUAUACAAGAAUUAAUGGGACUUCAUCAGAAAUUCAUAUGUGAGGGGCUACUUCUACAUGCAUUGAACAUGAUCGACGUCCUACGUUGCUGUUACUGAUUAAUACGUAUCUGUAUGGAUAUAUGAGGUGGCAGACGAGGCGACCAUGUUAAGCGAUACAAAAUUUAUCAGAGCCUCAAUUUCAAUUAGCACCUCAUGCAUGUAAAAGAUUAUAUUACGAGUAUAGAUGAGUUUAUUUCUUUCCAAAUAUGAAACACCUGCAUUUAAUAACAUCGAUUAUUACGAGUACGCUAUUUGAAUGAGUGUAGACUGCUACCGUUAUUAUUAUUAUUAUUAUUAUAGAUAUCGAUGCACUAUACGAUUUUCGUAUAUUUGAUGCUGAUAUAAAAGUAUAUGGGGAACAUAUUGUACAUUGUAACAACGUUGACGACUGGUGUAUUAUUGUGAAGAUAAUAUAUUAAUUAUGUUAUUUAAUGGCAAGAAAAAUGUAUGGUAUGGCGGAAAAGAGCUUAUCGUGUCGGAAUGAGAGAGGCUCAGUGCAGGAUCCAGUUGGCCGGGGGCGUAACGGAACUCGGGAAAAUGUUAUUGCACACAGAAUUCAGUUAAGUAAGCGAUAAGUCCGCUGACGUCCUACCAUUUCAACAAGCAUUGUUCUAUAAUAAAGGACGCGUCAACCAUGAGUUGUAAUCAUGCCGAUUACUGCAAUAUCGAUUAUACCAGAAGCAGCAUUAUACAAAGAUGCAGUAUAUCUAGUAACACUAUGAACAUCAAUGGCAAGAACCAACUAACAGAGCCCCAUUGAUAUCUUGUUGUUGUUGCAAGUAUAACGACUACGACCCCAUCGUGUGAUGUGCAUAGAAGACUUAUAUCAUUACACAUACAUCAGUAGUAUUACAGCAUUAAACAGUGUUUACAUGUAUGCCAUGCAGUGGACGGACGGCGCUAAAAAGGACAGCUUUUAAAAAACGCUCGCAAAUUCUGAUAGUAAACACAGACAAAAUGAACCGUAUGCCGCAAUAGUUAUAGACGGUGCAGGAUACGGUUCAUUUUUACAGGAAGUACAGGAAAGCGUACGAAUGUCAAAUCGUCAGAAAUAGCACCAUCGCAUUAUUGGAGGAUAAUAAAGGUUGACUCAAACUUUGCACACACUAUAUACAAACUAUAUAUAUAUAUAUAUAUAUAUAUGAUUUGUAUACAAAUAAUAGUUAUAUCGAUAUUUAGCACAUUGUCCCGUAAUAGGUUGCAACGGCGGAACAGAGAGAAGAAGGAAGAAUAAAUAUGGAUAUUGUGGUACGGUACACAGUCAAUAAGCAAUGAUAGAUAAUAUAAUAAAUGCGCCCCUAACACCAAGGACCGUCAAGUGAUGACAAAAUGCGAAAAAAUGUUCUCUAUUGAUUCCUGCCACGUCAUCCAUCCCUUGUCGUUCCAUAAGAUUCCAUUAAUAUUCUUACGCCGAUUAACAACAAUGUAAACUAACAACGAUGGUGAACAUAACAACAACAGUAAUAAAAAACAAUUGAAGAUGUUUGGCGAGGAAAAAUAGUUGAGGAAGACAACGCAUAAUUCAGAACAAAAAUGGAUGAAACUAGAAAUUAUGGACAACGCUGAUUAUAAUUAUGAGAAGUACCGAAUCAAAUCGACAACUAUUUCAAGUUAUGAAAAACUUGUAAAUACAUCAAACAAAAAUAGAAGAACAGAUUUAAGAAGCAAUAGUGCAACAAACUGGCGAAAAUGUCUGUUCACCUCAUCAUUACAACGUUAGCAAAACACAUGGAAACGAAGACGGACAAGAAAAUUUUGAAACUGCAGGCUCGAAAAAGGUAAUUCAGAAAUAACAACAACAACAACAAUGAUGAUGAUGACGAUGCUAUUACCAAUAAUGUUGUUAAUACUAUGAGAUAAUAACUACUAUGUGGACAAUAACUAUGUUGAUGCUGAUAAUAUUAACAAUAAUGAUGGUAAUCCACCAGAGAUGAAAAAUGAUGAUGUUAUCGACGAUGAUGAUAAUAACUUCAAACAAAAACACCGCGGGUAACGAAUGCGCUAUAGGGAUACAUAGAGCAAGAGAGACUAUUGCGGCAAGGAAUAGUGGCUUAGGGAGAGUGCAAGAAAUGACGUGUGAAUGAGAAAAUGAACACAACGAUAAUAUAAGCAUUAAUCGAUGCGCAGAAUUUGUGAAACAUGACAAAGAGCGAGAGAGAGAGAGAGAGAGAGAGAGAGACUGAGAGAAAACGGCGAAAAAAUAACGGUAAACGUCUAACCGAGGCAACAGAACAGCGACGGGCCGGAUGUGAGAUAACUGCAGGGAGCAAGCGAGAAAGGACAAUAACUUGUAAGUGUGCGAAUAUCGUGCGAAGAAGUGCGAGUGAUCGAACGAGGAGAUGAAUGAAUGAAUACAAACAUGAAGAACGGAUAGAGUCUGGCAGUGGAAACGAUUUGCUGUUUAAAAGAAAUAAGUAGAUGAAAGCGCUUAAGUGACUUCGAAGGAGAGAUGCGCAACUCGAGACUGGUGACAAAAACUCAGAAAGCUUCAGAUGGAGGAGAUAGAGAAUAAUAAUCAUAAUGGAGUAAGAGCAGCAACUGUAAUUAAAGAAACAAACUUAUCUAUUAAUAAUGGUAAUAAAAAAAAACAAAACGUUAUGGUGUCUCAACCGUUAGUAGCAAUAGCAUCAAUAAUUGUAGAGUAGAAAAUAUUAUAUCGAUAUAUUAAGUAUUACGUAAAUCAAGCCCUAAUUUGCGCUCACAUAUGUUUUUAGAAAUUUUGUUCAAAAAUUAAGAAGUGUGAU